UCACCACCAUUUUUCAGUGCAGCCUGCCGCGGGCCGGGGCUGUUUAUCGGACCACUAGUGACCUUUUCCAUACUAUUGAUCUCCUAAUUUACUUCUCAUGCGUAUAUUGGCAACUACACUAGUUUUGUAACUUCCGGCUCGCGAUAGUAGGGAAGUUAGGGACGCCAGAAGACUUAGAAAUAAAUAGAAAUCUGUAGUGGUACCAGGAGCCAUGGAGAACUGUGCAAGCAAAGACACCCUACUUCGGCACCGCACCAUUCUUGUUCAAGACAUGAACAUACCCCAGAUUAAACAAGUAUUAGAUGCAAUAUAUUCAAAGAAGAUGAUCACACAAGAAGAACAUAACUUGGUGAAAAGUUGCACAUUAAGCCAAGACUGUGCAAGGCACCUGUUGGACAUAAUCAACAGUAAGGGUGAGGACGCCUGUCGUCGCUUCUUGAAGAGACUGAAGAAAGUGAACAAGGAAUUAUGGAGAAGAGUUACAGGAAGAACAGCAUCCAGACAGCGAGGCAGGAAAAGAAAGGCAGAGUGUGCAGUUGAAGUCCAUCCCAUUUCAGACAGAUCACAGCCAUGUCGUGAUGGCAGUGGUACCUGGGAAUGUAAGGUGUCAGAGGACACACAAGCAAGAAAGAUUAGACUGUGCCUGAGCCGUCAUCCACAGUGUUUCAGCAGUGAAGACUCGUCCAGUCACCAAGGCCAGGAGUCACCUGGAACAGUUUCUGAUUCCUCAAAUGACUGCCUCUCCACUACAUCUACUAUAGAGUACAGCCACAGCACUGACACAAGAAUGAAGUCUACCAAUUUUGACCCCAGCCAUGGCACAGAAGAUAUUGUCCCGAGGAAAAAACUUCCUCCAGACGAGGCCCCAUCUUGUAGCUACAUACACACAGAAGAGAAGAGAAUCCAUGAGCCUAAACUGGAGAUGUACCAACCACCACUUACACCUGUGGAGACUCCACCUCUCAUGUACACAGCUGUGUGUGGCUCUCACCAAGAUGGAGAAUGUGUCUGUCAUGAACAAGAGCAGUUGUACCCAACCCCAGAGGAUGCCUGGGCGUGGCUACACUGUGUGGAUGAGUUCUUCCAGAAAGACUCAACAGCAGCCAUGGCCAUCAAAACAGCUUGGAGUGCCAAUGAGCUAGUUAAACACAUCAUCAGGGACAGAUAUUUCCAUCCUUACCUGUGUCCAUCUGGACAGCGAGGCAGGAAAAGGAAGGCAGAGUGUGAAGUUGAAGCCCAUCCUGAUUCAGACAGAUCAACAUGUGAUGACGGUGGUACCUGGGAAUGUAAAGUGUCAGAGGACACACAAGCAAAGAAGAUUAGACUGUGCCUGAGCCGUCAUCCACAGUGUUUCAGCAGUGAAGACUCGUCCAGUCACCGAGGCCAGGAGUCACCUGGAACAGUUUCUGAUUCCUCAAACGACUGCCUCUCCACUACAGCUACUACAGAGUACAGCCACAGCACUGACACAAGAAUAAAGUCUGCCAAUUUUGACUCCAGCCAUGGCACAGAAGAUAUUGUCCCGAGGAAAAAACUUCCUCCGGACGAGGCCCCAUCUUGUAGCCACUUAUACACAGAAGAGAGGAGAAUCCAUGAGCCUAAACUGGAGAUGUACCAACCACCACUUACACCUGUGGAGACUCCCCCUCUCAUGUACACAGCUGUGUGUGGCUCUCACCAAGAUGGAGCAUGUGUCUGUCAUGAACAAGAGCAGUUGUACCCAACACCAGAGGAUGCCUGGGCGUGGCUCCACUGUGUGGAUGAGUUCUUCCAGAAAGACUCAACAGCAGCCAUGGCCAUAAGAACAGCUUGGAGUGCCAACCAGCUAGUUAAACACAUCAUCAGGGACAGAUACUUCCAUCCCUACCUGUGUCGUUACUGGCAGGAGAAGGCUCUGUUCCCUGAUUCCUUCUCUGAUUUCAUGGACUUCUUGGUUUCUACCUCGGCUAAAGACUUCUGUGUAAAAAAUGGUGUCAACUUGCCAGAUGUCAGUUUUAGGAGCAAAUGUCUGCAUUUGGGUAAAAUUGCCUUUAUCCACCAAACAGCGUAUGGUUCCAAAUGUCAGCUAGCUGCAGAGGAAGACCUGCCUGCAUUCAGUUUUGGUUGGCUACAGAGAUGUCAAAAUAGUCCCACAGUAAGAUCUCCUGGUCAUGGCCAGCCAUGCAAGUAUGUCCAUGAUAGCAUAAGGCAGUACUUAAUGGCUUGGUGGAUAUCCUGUGUAAUUAGUGAACCUUCCUUGCACUUGAAAAUGAGUGAGGGUCUGUCAUCAUUCUACGAAGUAGCAUGUAGUCUACCUGUUACUUGUUACUGCCUUGCAAAUUUUCUUGGAAAGUUACCAGAACCAAAGGAAAAGGUUUUUUCCUUGGUAGGUCCACUCCUGCAAGCCUGGAUUGAAAGGAUGACAGAUUUUCAGCGCUUCUUACUCACAACCAUCAUAGUCGAGUCAAAACAGAGUGAAUUACUGACUGGGGUUUUGAGUUGUCUUUUUCCAAAUGGCCAAGUUGACCUGACUUCCCUCCCUGAACUUUCCUAUCACAAUCUUCACACUCUAAAGAUGGUUGUGGAACAAACUGGCAUCAUUCAGUCCCUCAAACUGCCAGUGAUGAGCCUGUAG